AUGGUUGACCACCUCAGCCUACAGCUGCCGGUGGCGCUAAGCGAAGAUUUCGAGCUGCAUGGUUGGGAUCCUGGAAACCGGUGCUGGACGUGUACGCCGCCGGAGACUGUUGGCGGUAAACCGGCACAAAUACUACUUACGGUGGAUGAACUCCCCGUUGUCAUUCCAGUGCGAUUUCAUUAUCCACUUUUACCCUUGAAGUCACAACCUCCGGAUCCGCACCCUAAGCUCAUCUCGCCGAUCAAGCCGCUGUCUGACGACACCAUCGACGAGAUUCUGAGUGUGUUCGAAGAUGCCAUCGGCUUUUAUCUCCUCAUCAACCAUCAGUUGCAAGUGAUUGUGUCGGAUGAAUUUGACUACGAAGAAGAGCUACACAAGUAUACUGCUGACUUUGGUGGACUCAAGUGGCUUUCACAGCAUGAGUGGACAGACAUCAAGUACAAUUCGAGCAACCUUGCUCUCUUGGACGAUAACUUGAUAGAGGAUGACGCCAGAAGUAUUGGGGUCAUCGAUAGUCGGUGCGAGAUGGUCGGCCAAGGUAUCUUCCGCGUAUACCAACAGGGCAGGCCCAGAAGGUCCUUCAGAUCACUACUAUCCAGGGCGCCUGUAGACUCCAGAGAUGACCCAGCCUCCUGGACAAGCCUUGUUGCAAGGUCAAUCCUCUACCGGGUACGCCAGCCCAGUAAUUUCAAGGAACUUGGUCAAAGUGGCACCCCAGUUUGCGUGGUAGAAAACCUGCCCAACAAUGCUGGGAAGAUAGCAAAGGUGGCAGGGUUUUCAUCCUUUAUUCAGAUGUCCUCUGAUAGUCAGAGAUUCGACUUAGAAGGCGAGAGGCUCUACAAGAGGUUGGAGGAGGGAAGGGUGGCAUUCUACGGGGCUUUCUAG